AUAUUAUGUAAGCAAGAACUUUUGUGAUGACAGUGAUUUUAACUAGUAUACGAACCGUGCGUGGAGUGAAAACGAUUUACCAUUUCUUUAUUUCAAAACCUCUAGCUCGUGUUCGAUCGCAAUGGCUAAGGCAAAAAGUCGUCGAUUUAAAUACCAUCUUGCCGCGAAAAAACGUCAAGACGAAAAAUCGGCCACCGCAAUCGGAAAACAGAACGUUAGCGGCGAUAUCAAUGAAAUAAAUGCCGGGCAGGGACAACGGAGCCAAUCCCUAGAUAGUGCACCCCAGCAGCCAAUGUUCAAUCCAUUUGCCGGCCUGAAGAUCGAUCCCGCCAGCUUGAACGUCAACCUGAACGUCCCACCACCAGAAGAGUGGGAUCGGAAAACAGUGGUUAGCAUCUAUAAGGAAGUGACAAAAGGCAAGAACAAAAAGGAAAAAGCUAAAGUAAAGAAGGAACUGAUUCUCAAAAAGCUUCAAGCGGCUCGACAGUUUGAGAUCGAUUUAAAGGAGCGAAAGAAGCGUGAGGAAACUGUGAUCACUAAAGAUCUCAAACCACUAUUGGAUUCGCUUCCCUCUGUUGAUCUUAUGUUUCACGAGGCAUCAGAGAAAGCUACUGAAACUCACGCGAGUAGAAAAUCCGGCCAAAAUAAGGUUAAAAAGGACAGAAACGGAAUGAAGGCCAAACAGAAACAUAAAGAAAUGAUGAAAGAUAUAGCCAUAUUUAAGAGCGUGCUGGCGGAUUCUCAUUUUAAGGAAAAUCCGACAGAAACAAUACUCAACCAUGUCACAUUCGCUGUCCAGAAGGAACAUCUUGAGCUACGAAAGGCCAAAAAAGAAGCUGUUAAUUUUGUACGAUGAAUAGUGUUUUGUUCUUUAAAGGAUCAUUAAUAAAGCAUGGCAUAUGUAUGUGAAUGAACCUCUA